CGCAAAGGGGAAUCAAAUUGCUAUAUCCUGACCAAGUGAACGUUAGGAGCGAUCGAGGGAGAGUAAUCGUUAGUUAUGUUGUUGGGAUGAGGGAAAGGGAAGGAGUCGUGUUCCUUUUCUUGACCGACCACAAGCGACGUCCUCGGAGAACUCUAGAAACUCCAGUCGUUUGGAAACUGGAGGAGGUUCACCUUUGCUGCGGCUAGGAGGAGCGCCUGCAAGUUAGAGUGUCCGAGUGUGCCCAGCCAAGAUGAAAACUUUGGUGCCUGGCAUCCACGUCUUGCUCGUUCUCCCACUGGCGGCCGCCACGCUGAACGUCAGAAUCUUCCAGAAGGCCACCCAGUGCCCGGGGAUGGUCCUGAAGACGCAGCUGCGCGUCAACGCCACGUAUGAGUUCAGCGGCAAGCUGCAGUGCGCGGCUAACUGCCCGCCGGACGCUGGAUGUCGGUCCUUCAUUUACGACCCCACCACCAAGCGAUGCACCAUGGGAACGCAGGCCUCCUCCGCUAACUGUUCCAACAUGGAAUCGGCAGCAGGAUACGAGCAUUACGAUUUGACGUCUUCCUGUCAAAAUGGCGGCACCAUUCGAGUGGACGGAUCUUGUUCCUGUCCAGCGGGCUAUCUGGGGAGAAACUGCUCCACAAUCAUGAGAGACUGUAACCAUGGCUACUUCCUUGCCAACUACCGCAAGGACGGCAUCUACACCAUCAUGCCUGAAAUGGCCAGCAAGCCUUUCGACGUCUACUGUCGCAUGAUCGUCAACCCUCGCACCUACAUCCUCAACCGCCAGGAUAACACGCUCAGCUUUGCUCGCAGCUGGAACGACUACAAAAACGGCUUUGGCGACGUGAGCACGCCCGAGUACUGGCUGGGCCUGAACAACAUCCACGCCAUCACGGCCAGCAACGACUACGAAAUGAGAAUACGCAUAAGAACUCUUCAAGACGACCUCAAGGAGCAAGUGUAUAGUCAUUUUGCGGUGGCUGAUGAGGCUAAUUUCUACCGCUUAACCUUUGACCCCGCAGUCAUCGCAGGCCCACUUGGGGACAGCCUUUCGCCCUCGAAUGGCGCCCAUUUCAGUACACCCGACAAAGACAACGAUGACAACUCCGACCUUCAUUGCGCGAGUCGCCACCAAGCUGGUUGGUGGUUCAAAGGCGACAACUGUACGCUGGGCAACCCAACGGGUCCCUUUCUACUUCCGGCCAAGGAUCUUCGCGCUGGCAUUCCGAACGAGGCGUUCUGGACCGUCUCCAUGGGCAACACGGCACCUUACAAACUGUACAUGUACCUGGUCAACCACCAGGACUACACCAGUUAGAAUUCAGAUCAUCCCUUCGAAAGCUGCUCGCUUUCUUUUUUUUUUUCUCGAUUUGACCGUUAUAGACUUUGACAAUCCAGGAUGUAUGCAUGUUCAGUGCUAAUUAGAAGUUUUGGUGUUUGGUGACAGUUGAACUGCGUCUUUUAUUUGUUCUGUUCAGAACGCUUGGCAGUGAUUGUGAGCACGAGGACGUUCGUGCGGGUUGAGGCUUCCGGUGACGCUGGCGGCGUUCAUGUGUUCUGUUCAGCACGCUCAACGGUAAUUACAAGAACACGUUACCGCCCUCGUUGUUCAGUGAUAAGGACACGGUAGAUGUUUUCGGUGUUCAAGUACUCUCGCUCGGCGAUGACUGCAAGAACACAUUGGCGUUUCGGCCGUCGAGUGAUCUGAACACCGGGGUUUUCGGUGGUGAAUGCAACACGUAGGAGCUCGUGCCCUGUAGUUUGUAGAACACGGCACGCACUUGUUGACCUGGUAGGGAUGAAGAAGACCUACCCCCGCCCCCCACCGUGAUUAAACAUUUAACGUUCUAAUUGUAUUUGGGAAAUUUGAGUUUCCUCUAUCUAAUCAUGCAGAGUGUGAUCUUGGUCGUGAUGCUGCGCGUUAUAAGUUCAUAUUAUUAUAAUAAUAAUUAUAACAACCAUUAGCUGUUUUCUUCCCAUCGUGUCAGAGCGAUCCGAGGUUCAACUCGCGGACGUUCACGAGGUCUGUAGCUAAAUUUAGCGCUCGUCACCAAUACAGCUUCGUUCUGUGUAGUUUGUAUUCAAAUCUCGUCCGGGAAAUGUUUUUUUUUCCCUUCUGCAUGUUUUCACAGUCGGCUGCCCUGCCGUGUUACAUAGCCUUAGUUUGUGGUUCGGCGUUAAACACGAAUUUAUAAAAUCCUGUCGUGUCUGCACUAGCCACAACUCAGCGAAAUGGCGUAGCUGUUACCAUGCAAAACUAUUUCUAAAAUAAAUUAUAUUUAGUCGAGAGGUCGUUGCUCAAGCCAUGUAGUCACAAUUCUGCACUAUCUGUAAAAGUAUAAACUGAUAGUCUUGAAAUGUCGCAUUUUUUUUGGUUACAAAAUGUUUAAAAUAAUGUUUCUGAAAAGAUACAAGUAGCAUAAAACAUGGAAAACUUCCUCAUCCUGUUUUGUUUUUUCUGCGUCUUAAUGUUCACGUGUGUUUUAGAUCUUCCCCCCAAAAAAGCCACAAAGAAAACAUUUUUUUAAUUAUUUAUAGUUUAUUUUCUUUGUCUUUCAUCCGUUGGCAUAAUUUUAAAGUAGUCUAUAAUAUGGCUGCAUUAUGUCUUUCAUUGUACAAAAUCCAGACACAAAUUUUGUAUAUUACAUAGUCUUCACGCUUGUAAACGUUUUCUAAGUAAAUCAAUUUUUAAAAGCGCUAAGCUUACAUGAUACAUAUACAAGAAACGCCAUCUUAACACAAGAUAAUAACAUAGGGUUCAAAUUUUACCUGAUUGAAGAAUACGAUGGUGUAGAACAGCAAAGAGCACAACCACUUCAACAAACACGUACAAAGUGAUGACUCCAUACAGAUUAUUGCUUUGUACAGGUAGGAGUGUUCCCACAACAAAACAUACCUGGUAAUACUUGAAAUUAAUCCUUUCAUUCCUGCACACAUCAUUACAACCGCGUCUGUUCUCUCUCUCUUGAUCAAGCUUUCACACAAACUUUGAUCGAGACGUGUGGCAGCGAAUACUACUGUUUCUAGGAAAAUUAUUGUAUACAUUUAUAUCAAACUGGAGAAAUAAUGGCUUUGCUUAGCUCAUGUGCACACUCGUGCAUAUGCAUCGUGUGGUUACCCCAACCACAGGAAGUUACGACACAUACACAGGCAACUGCAACCAAAAAUGCUAAAAGAUAUUAAGGAAAAAAGUAAACACACUACGAGGUGAAAGCCCAGGUACGUACACCUACGCUAUCCUCUCCUCCCCUUAGUAGCUCCUGGUCCAGUUUUCUAUUUGCCUCGGCCUGGAGAGAAGCGGCUAAGUACGUCCGCCGUCACAUUGUCUCCAAGCUAAAGGCAAAAUUGCGUCUCCCUCUCUCAUUCACACAAUAAGCCGAUGCAAGUAGAUGAAGCAUGAGGUUAUCAAUCCACAGGGUAACUGUAAACGAUGGCUGUUGGCUAGAGAGAAUGACCUCAAAAACGCCCCUUGGCAUGGUCAACUCCAAGGCAGAACAUUCUUGUUUAAACCCCUAGAAUUUUUCCCACUCCAUUCCCCCCUCCCCCC